GGCCGAAGGUGGAUGCACGAGAGGUAGCGAAAGACUGCGGAGCCGAGAGAGGACGAGAGAGGUAGCGGAAAACUGCUGAGGUUUAGAGAAGAGUAAAGACAAGAAGCAUCAAAAGUCCCAUAGUCGGUACCCCACCAGAUUCAGGGAUGUAGCCGAAGAGGGGAGAGCUCAGCCUUUCCGAGCUCAUCACUAUGAAGAAACAUUCGGCCAGGGUUGCCCCGCUGUCCGCUUGCAACAGCCCGGUGCUCACCUUAACGAAAGUCAAAGGAGAAGACCGUCCCAGAGAGAAUGUGGUGGGCAGCACAGCGGACGGCCAGGCGGCAAACGGCGGGGCGCCGGGGGCGGAGCCUGCUACGGGGAGGUGGAGACUUCGUUGCUGCAUCAAAGUCACGGCCGUACAGGUGCGGAAGGCGCUGUGGGGCAUUGCCAUGGUGAUGUGUGUGUGCUCAUCGUGGGCGGGGUCCACCCAGCUGGCCAAGCUCACCUUUAAGCAGUUUGACGCUCCAUUCACCCUCACCUGGUUCGCCACCACCUGGAACUGCCUGUUCUUCCUCUACUACAUCGGACACCUGUGUAAGAGCCCUGAGAGACAGACCCCCAGACAGAGGUUCAGGGAGUGUUGUCGGUUCUUUGGGGACGACGGGCUGACAGCCAAGGUGUUCUUCACUAAGGUGGCUCCGUUUGGAUUGCUGUGGAUCCUCACCAACUACCUGUACCUACAGGCCCUGAGGAAGAUCAACACUACAGACGUGUCAGCUCUGUUCUGCUGCAACAAGGCCUUCGUAUUCCUGCUCUCUUGGAUCGUACUGAGAGACCGCUUCAUGGGGGUCAGGAUCGUGGCGGCCAUCUUUGCCAUCGCUGGCAUCGUGAUGAUGACCUACGCUGACGGCUUCCACAGCCACUCUGUCAUGGGGAUCACCUUCGUUGUGGCCUCCGCUUCUAUGUCUGCACUCUACAAGGUGCUCUUUAAAAUGGUCCUGGGCAGUGCCAAGUUUGGGGAGGCAGCGCUCUUUCUGACGAUCGUCGGCGGGGCUAAUUUUGUGUUCAUCAGCUUUGUGCCAGUCAUCCUGUACUUCACCCAUGUGGAAUACUUUGGUUCUCUUGAGGACAUCCCCUGGUUAUACCUCUGUGGGGUAGCAGGCCUGCUCUUUGCUUUCAAUAUCCUGGUGAACUUUGGCAUUGCCAUCACGUACCCCACAUUAAUCUCUCUGGGCAUCGUCCUGAGUGUCCCUGUCAAUGCCAUGGUUGACCUGUACACAUGUGAGAUCCACUUCAACGCAGUGCGUCUGAUCGCCGUGUUGAUCAUCUGCCUGGGCUUCCUGAUGUUACUGCUUCCAGAGGACUGGGACCAGUGCUUCAUCCAGCUCCAUGCUAAGCUGCAGAGUAAACGGGAGGAACCAGCCGAGGAGGAGGCAGGGCCCGGCUCCAGCCUCAACUGGAGCAGGAGAGCAAGGCCCUCCAUGUCUACCUUUACACACUGACCAC